UUGUUUAUUUUAUAGAAACAGAGGACUAAAAUGCUCUUAAAGGACGGAAAAAAUAUUUUCCUCCGCACCAUUAUCGGUUACAACAAUAAUCUAUAUUGUCGAAACAGAAUUUAAUUGCGAUUAUUCAUUCUAGGCCUUUAAACAUCAGAACCGAAUAGUCAAAAUGUCCCUGUGUUUUGCACUUUAAGGCAAAAGCCUUUACAAUGGUAAAUGAGUAUCAAUUUUUGAGAUUAAUUCAUUGAACUUCAAACUGAAUUUGGGAAUACUACAUUCAGUAGUCGAGUGAACGUUUAGUAAAAAUACAUCUUUGUUAUCACACGUAAAUUUAGAGAGAUGCCGAAGCCAGUGACUUACUCAGACGGAAACACGCCAAGGAUAUGUAUAAUUGGUGCAGGAUUUUCUGGUUUAUGUGCUGCGAUCAAGUUGAAAACGGAACUCGGGUUGAAAACGUUCGUUAUUUACGAAGGAAAUGAUGACGUCGGAGGCACCUGGUAUUCAAAUACGUAUCCAGGCUGUGCUUGUGAUGUACCCAGUCAUCUUUACAGUUUUUCUUUCGAACUAAAUCCAGAUUGGUCGAAAAAUUUCUCACCUCAACCGGAGAUUUUAGAUUAUUUAAGGAAAGUCGCACGAAAAUACGAACUUUAUUCAAAGAUUAAAUUUCAAACCCACGUUAAAUCAACAACCUGGGAUGAGUCCAUUAGGAAGUGGAAAGUGGUGCUACAAAAUAAACUCACAAAUCAGGAGGAAGAGCAAAUAUUCGAUAUCGUUGUGAGUGGACCUGGAGCACUGCGUCUGCCAAAUAUACCCAAUCAAUUUAAAUCAUUCCAAGGACCUUGGUGCCAUUCUGCCGAAUGGGAUAGUUCGAUUGAUCUGAAUAAUAAAGUAGUUGGAAUUGUCGGAAGUGGAACUAGUGCGGUGCAAAUCAUACCAAGUAUUGCUCCGAAAGUGAAAGAACUCCACGUUUUUCAAAGGAGAUCAGCAUGGGUUCUUCCGCGGCAACAAUUCGAAUUUCCCAAGUUUGUUAAAACGUUGUUUUCGUUCAUCCCAUUUUUCAUGACGCUGUACCGAACCUUCCUUUAUUUGUCAUUGGAAUUCCGAUACUAUGCAUUCAGAGCUAAUUCAUAUUUCGGGAAGGCUGCAUCGAAAGCUUCAAUUAAAUUUCUGAAGGCUCAGAUUCCAGACGAUUCCAAUUUACGGCAAACUCUUACUCCGAAAUUUAAAUUUGGUUGUAAACGCAUGUUGCUGACGAAUGAUUACUAUCCUGCCUUGAAUAUGCCUAAAACCACAAUUCAUACAUCCACUAUAACAGAAGUGGGUGACAAUUCAUUUACAAUGGAAAAUGGAGUCACUCAGAAACUGGAUGUACUUAUUUUGGCGACGGGCUUCCUAGUGCAGGACUUCUUUGCUCCACUGCAAAUUAUAGGAAAAGAUUCGGCGAAUAUUUUGCAGAAAUGGAAACAAAGCCAACCAAGAUUAUAUUACGGAAUUGUGAGCAGCGAAACGCCGAAUCACUUUACGCUUCUUGGUCCUAACACAGCUUUGGGUCACAACACUGUUGUAUUCAUGAUUGAAUGUCAAGUGGAUUUUAUGAUAAACCUGCUUAGGGAGAUGAUUAACAGAGAUUCGAAAUUUGUAGCUGUAAAGGAACAUGUGGAAGAGGAAUACAUGGAAAGUAUGAAAACCAAAAUGACAGAGACAGUUUGGGGAACCGAAAAAUGUGGCUCAUGGUAUGCAAACAAUGCCGGUAUAAUAACAGCAUUAUGGCCGAAGAACUGCACGUCUUAUUGGAGAGAAACAAAAGCUCUUGACUUUGCAAAAUUCAAAUUCGAAUAAUAUUCAGGUCAGACGUUGUGUUAGACCUAGAAACACUUUAAUUAAAAUA